AACAUUGACGAAUCAAGCGAGCAUCGAAUUCGAGAAAACAUUACGCAACACGCGCGGGAAGUCAUUGCCACAGAAGAACCUAACCACGAAAUUGCGCAAAAGGAAAAAGAAGAGCAGGAAUUGGCGCGGACGAUUGAAUGGGAACAACGGAAAAUUCAACAACUCAGGGAAGAACGAGAGCGUGUGAAACAGCAGAAGAAAGAAGAAAUCGAGAGAAUUAUGAAGGAACAAGCGAUUGAGCAAGCCAGGAUCGAGGCAGCUCGAGCGCAAAGAAGGCGAAUGCGAGCGCUGGAAGAGCAGAGAAGGAAGUUGAUUGAGGCGAAAAGAGAAAGGGAAAGACAAGAGAAAAUGUUAGCUGAACUGGAGAUACAGAAGCAAGAAGAGAUUCGUAAACUUGAGGAGGAAAAAGAAAGACAGCGGCAGAAGUUGGAGGAAGAGAAGAAGCGAUUAGCAGAAGAGGAGCAGAGAAGGAAGAGACUGGAAGAAGAGCAGAAAAAACGAGAAGAGGAAGAAGAACGAAAGAAAUGGUUGGAGGAGGAACGGCGAAGAGUUGCUCGAGAACAAGAAGAGGAAAGGAGAAGGAUAGAGCAGCAACAGGAAGAACGGAGAAAGAAGCAUGAAGAGGAGGAACGAAAGCGAAGGGAAGAGCAAGAGGAAGAAGAGGAGCGGAAAAGGCAGGAAGAAGAGGAAGAAGAAAGGAAGAUGAAGGAUUUGGAGGAGAAACGAAGGCAAACAAGGAUUGAAAAAGAAUCGCGGAGAAGAGCUGAAGAAGCUAAAUAUUACGAGCAAAUAGAAAGAGAACAACUGAAAGCCGAGCUCAAACAUGAGAACAGCGAAAACUCGUACAAA